AUGUUAUUGUUAAGUAUCUUAUUGUUAGUAGUAUCUAUAACUGGUAAAACAGUUGAAAAGACUUCUACAAUUGGUUAUACAAAUUAUCAAGAAAUAUCAACAGAUAAUUGUACAGGAAGUGCAUCUAUUUGUACACAAGAACUUCCAUUUAAUGUUAGUAAUCCACCUGAUGUAUGGCUUGAUGCAAAAAUAACAGUAUCAACAAUUGAAUUACGUGUAGAUAAUCUUCAAGCUCGUUUAAAUCUUGAUGUUCAAGUCGCAUCACUCGUUAAUAUUAAUGCUGGUGUUUCAGUAGGUAUUUCAACUGUUCAAUUAAAGAUUCGUGGUGUUAAUGCUCAAGUUCAAUUAGCUGUAGGAUUUGAUAAAAUUGUCGAUAUUAUCAAUAAAACACUUGAAUCAAUCGAUCUUAAUCCUCUUCUAGCAAGAACAAUCAAAGGUGUUCAAAAUACGAUCGAUAAUCUCCUUUAA